CGUUCCUGUCCCGCAUGUCAAUGGCGCCGAAAUGUCUGAGAUCAAGCUCCCUGAUGGCGCUGUCAAGACCACAUUUAAACCGAAAGCGGGUUUUGCGUGGCCCAAAAUAUCACUACCUUCUCUGCAAAUGCCCAACUGGGAGUUCAGUUCUGGAGCUCGCAUGCCCAGCGCUCAAGCCAAGGCGAAGGGAGGACUGGGCUUCCGUAUGCCAUCCCUUGGACUGAAAGGAAAAGAAUUGCAGGAAUUUGACAUCGGUGAUCUGCUGUGCACGCUUAUUCCCAAGUCAGAAAUGCCGUCUGUGGAUUUCCGUGACAACAGCACCGUCGACAUCUUAGACCUGCCGGGAGGAAAGCGGCGGCUGGUGAUCUCUACGGUGGUUUCGGAAGCAGAGAUUCCCGACUUGCCCGCGAACGCCAAGAUUGAAGUGCUUCCCGGUGGUCAACCGGGAAAGGUGUGGAAGCAAGAGUUCGACGUCGAUGCCGACUUUGAGUUACCCGAAAUCGAAGGAGCUGAGAUGUGUCAAGUGGAGCUCCCUGGUGGCAUCCAUAAAAAGACCUUCAAGCCCAUAGGCGGCCUCAAGUGGCCAGAGAUGCAUCUGCCGAAAAUAACACUUCCAGAUUGGCAGCUCAAAUCAAGGGAAAGGUCACCUAGUCCGACCAAGAAGGACACGGAUUUGUCCUUUGGCAUGAAAAUGCCAUCAUUUGGUUUUGGUACCAAAGGCCCCAAGGUGCCUAAGUUUGAUGGUAUCGAUGGGAUGCUCGAGUACCUCCUGCCGAAAGGCGAUCUUCCCAAGCUCAGAAUUCGUGACGACACUGAGGUAGAUGUCAUCGACUUGCCAGAGAUGAAGGGGCGGGAUGUUGUUGUGAAAACACAAAUCCUGGAUGUCGAUCUUCCUAAGCUCCCUGGUGAUCUGAAGGUGGAGAAAGUGGCGCUGCCCGACGGCAAUAUCGAAAACAUUCUCAUCCAGAAGUUCCAAGCCAACCCAGAGCUGGUGCUACCAAAGCUGUCUGGGGCUGACAUUGACGACGUUAAGCUGCCCGACGGCUCCAUCAAGACGUCAUUCAGGCCUAAAGCGGGCUUCAAGUGGCCCAAAGUCACGCUACCAUCCCUGCAGAUGCCUGACUGGGAGUUUGGGUCCAGCAAAGGAGCAGGUAGUCCUGACAAGAAACACGACAAAGGCGAUGGUGAUUUCCACUUUGGCAUGAAAAUGCCCUCGUUCGGUUUCGGAAGCAAGGGGCCCAAGGUACCCAAAUUUGAUGGUCUCGAUGGGAUGCUUGAGUACCUACUCCCUCAGGCGGACCUCCCGAAGCUCAGAAUCCGCGACAACACGGAGGUAGACGUCAUUGACUUGCCAAAAAUGAAGGGCAGAGACGUUGUGGUGAAGACCGAAAUACCCGACGUCGAUCUACCAAAGUUGCCAGCAAACCUGAAAGUGGAAAAGAUGACACUACCUGACGGUGCCAUCAAGAACAUGCUGAACCAGAAGUUCCAGGCAAACGCAGAAUUGCCUCUGCCAAAGCUGUCAGGGGCUGAUGUUGACGAAGUGAAGAUGCCAGAUGGCUCCAUCAAGACGUCGUUUAAGCCCAAGGCAGGGUUCAAAUGGCCCAAGAUCAGCCUGCCUUCCCUGCAGAUGCCAGACUGGGAGUUUGGAUCAAGGGAGAGAUCUCCUAGCCCUGAAAAGAAGGUGGAAAGUUCUGAUGGUGAUUUCCACUUUGGCAUGAAAAUGCCCUCGUUCGGUUUCGGUAGCAAGGGACCAAAGAUACCUAAAUUUGAUGGUCUGGAUGGGAUGCUUGAGUACCUGCUCCCUGAGGCGGAUCUCCCGAAGCUCAGAAUCCGCGACAACACUGAGGUAGACGUCAUUGACCUGCCAAACAUGAAAGGAAGAGACGUUGUUGUGAAGACCGAAAUUCCUGAUGUCGAUCUGCCAAAGUUGGCAGCAAACCUGAAAGUAGACAAGAUGACACUACCUGACGGUUCUGUGAAGAACAUGCUGAACCAAAAAUUCCAGGGAAAUGCGGAAUUGCCUCUGCCAAAGUUGUCAGCGGCUGACAUUGACGAAGUGAAGCUGCCAGAUGGCUCCAUCAAGACGUCGUUCAAGCCUAAGGCAGGGUUCAAAUGGCCUAAGAUCAGCCUGCCUUCCCUGCAGAUGCCAGACUGGGAGUUUGGAUCAAGGGAGAGAUCUCCAAGUCCUGAAAAGAAGGUGGAAAGUUCGGAUGGUGAUUUCCACUUUGGUAUGAAGAUGCCCUCGUUCGGCUUCGGUAGCAAGGGGCCAAAGGUACCCAAAUUUGAUGGUCUCGAUGGAAUGCUUGAGUACCUGCUCCCUGAGGCGGAUCUCCCGAAGCUCCGAAUCCGCGACAACACUGAGGUAGACGUCAUCGACCUGCCAAACAUGAAGGGGAGAGACGUUGUAGUGAAGACCGAAAUUCCCGACGUGGAUCUGCCAAAGUUGUCGGCAGACCUGAAAGUAGACAAGAUGACACUACCUGAUGGUUCCAUCAAGAACAUGCUGAACCAGAAAUUCCAGGCAAACGCAGAAUUGGCCCUGCCAAAGCUGUCUGGGGCUGACAUUGACGAAGUGAAGAUGCCAGAUGGCUCCAUCAAGACGUCGUUCAAGCCCAAGGCAGGGUUCAAAUGGCCUAAGAUCAGCCUGCCUUCCCUGCAGAUGCCAGACUGGGAGUUUGGAUCAAGGGAGAGAUCUCCCAGCCCUGAAAAGAAGGUGGAAAGUUCAGAUGGUGAUUUCCAUUUUGGCAUGAAAAUGCCCUCGUUCGGUUUCGGUAGCAAGGGACCAAAGAUACCUAAAUUUGAUGGUCUCGAUGGAAUGCUUGAGUACCUGCUCCCUCAGGCGGAUCUCCCGAAGCUCAGAAUCCGCGACAACACUGAGGUAGACGUCAUUGACCUGCCAAACAUGAAGGGCAGAGACGUUGUGGUGAAGACCGAGAUACCCGACGUCGAUUUGCCAAAAUUGCCAGCAAACCUGAAAGUGGAAAAACUGACGCUACCUGACGGUUCAAUCAAGAACAUGCUGAACCAGAAAUUCCAGGCAAACGCAGAAUUGGCUCUGCCAAAGCUGUCGGGGGCAGAUGUUGACGAAGUGAAGCUGCCAGAUGGCUCCAUCAAGACGUCAUUUAAGCCCAAGGCAGGGUUCAAAUGGCCUAAGAUCAGCCUGCCUUCCCUGCAGAUGCCAGACUGGGAGUUUGGAUCAAGGGAGAGAUCUCCAAGUCCUGAAAAGAAGGUGGAAAGUUCAGAUGGUGAUUUUCACUUUGGUAUGAAGAUGCCCUCGUUCGGUUUCGGUAGCAAGGGGCCAAAGGUACCCAAAUUUGAUGGUCUGGAUGGGAUGCUUGAGUACCUCCUCCCUGAGGCGGAUCUCCCGAAGCUCAGAAUCCGCGACAACACUGAGGUAGACGUCAUUGACCUGCCAAACAUGAAGGGGAGAGACGUUGUGGUGAAAACUGAAAUUCCUGACGUCGAUCUGCCGAAGUUGCCAGCAACCCUGAAAGUAGAUAAGGUCACACUACCCGACGGUUCAAUCAAGAAUAUGCUGAACCAGGAUUUCAAGGCCAAUCCAGAGCUACCACUGCCUAAACUGUCCGGAGCUGAUAUCGGCGACAUUACGCUGCCAGAUGGCUCCAUCAAGACCCACUUCAAGCCGAAGGUGGGCUUCAAAUGGCCAAAGGUCACUUUGCCGUCGCUGCAGUUGCCGGACUGGCAGUUCGGCUCUAGCGAGAGGUCGCCGAGUCCAGAAAGGAAAGGAGAUGGACACUUCGACCUGGGUAUUAAAAUGCCAUCCUUCGGCUUCGGCAGCAGUACAAAGUCGCCGAAAGUUUCAGGCAUUGAUGGACUUCUGGGAUACCUUCUCCCGGAAGCAGACAUCCCGAAGCUGAGAAUUCGUGACAACACGGAGGUCGAUGUUAUUGAUCUGCCGGAUGGGAAAGGCAGGACAGUUGACGUCAGAACUGAGAUUCCCGCUGCUGACAUGCCGGGGAUCGGCGGGAAGUAUGACGUCCGCGAUCUCACGCUUCCAGAUGGAAAGGUGAAACACGUGCUGACACAGCAGUUUUGUUGCAACGCGGAGGUCCCGCUACCGAAAGUGGGUGGAUCGGAUGUGGAUAGCCUGAAGAUGCCCGAUGGCUCAAUGAAAACAACAUUUAAGCCAAAGGCUGGAUUUUCGUGGCCUAAAAUCACACUUCCCAGUCUGCAACUUCCCGACUGGGAAUUCGGCAGCGGUGGUAACAAGCCCAGUGCUGAUGUCGAAGCGGAUUACCACCUUGGCUUGUCGACGCCGUCAUAUGCACUGGAGAAGGGCUCGAAGCCCCCUAAACUGCAUGGAAUUGAUGCCCUUCUUGCCUAUUUGCUCCCUGAAAAGGAUUUCCCCAAGCUACGGAUACGAGACAGCACCGAAGUGGAUGUCAUUGACAUCCCUGAAGCUCGAGUUCGGAACAUCCACGUUCGCACGGACGUACCCCAAGCUGACAUCCCAAAACUGCCAUCAAGCCUCGACGUGGAGCAAACCACACUGCCUGACGGCAGAGCCCAGAGCACUUUGCUUCAGAAGUUUAGCGGUGACAUUGACAUGGUGCUCCCUAAAGUGCACGGAGCAGAUAUUGACGAGUCCAGCCUUCCAAACGGCGUACUGAAGACCACUUUCAAGCCGAAAGCUGGCUUCAAAUGGCCAGAGAUUACUCUGCCUACCUUGGAAAUGCCUGACUGGGAUUUCCAUUCAGAACCUUCAAGUGCAUCAGCAAAGGUCGGAAAAGGUGGUGACGAUCACCACUUUGGCAUAAAGAUGCCUUCCUUCGGUUUCGGAAAAGGUACCAAGGUGCCAAAACUGAACGGUAUCGAUGGGCUCUUGAGUUAUCUCCUGCCGGAGUCAGACCUCCCGAAAUUGAAGAUCAGAGACAGUUCGGAGGUUCUAGUAGUCGACAAUGCUCCGGGAUUCAACGGACGUAAGAUUGUGGUCCAGACUGAAAUACCGGAUGGUGAGUUACCCGGACUUUUGGAUGAUGCCAGCCUAGAAACGAUAACGUUGCCAGACGGUCAAGUAAAGCACAUCAUGAAGCAGGAGUUUGCGGGAGAUGCCAGUCUUCCGCUUCCGAAAGUAAGUGGAGCUGACAUCGAAGGCAUGCAGUUGCCGGAUGGCAGCACGCAGACCUCUUUCAAGCCAAAAGCGGGUUUCAAGUGGCCGAAGAUCACCAUGCCUUCGUUCGGCAUGCCAGACUGGGAGUUCCGUUCCGGUGAACGUUCCCCCAGUCCUGAACGGAAGUCAAGCAAGGACAGCGAACAUCAUUUCGGGAUCAGAAUGCCGUCCUUUGGACUCAAGAAGGGGGUAAAGACGCCAAAAUUCGAUGGGAUUGAUGGUUUGCUGGGCUAUGUGCUCCGUGAGGUGGAUUUGCCGAAGAUCCGCAUUAAGGACGAUACGGAAGUGGACAUCAUAGAUGUCCCGGAGCCGAAGGGUCGCAGCGUUAUUCUGAGGACCAGCGUUCCCGAUGGCGACUUGCCUAAGAUUCCGGCAGGCUUGCAAGUGAACAAACUGACGGCCUCCGAUGGAAGCAUCAAGAACGUGAUGGAGCAGAAGUUCCCCGGUAACGUCGACUUGCACCUGCCUAAGGUGACUGGGGCAGACAUUUCCGAGCUCAAACUCCCUGACGGUGCCGUCAAGACCACCUACCGACCGAAGCCCGGUUUCAAAUGGCCUCAGAUUACGCUUCCCUCACUGCAGAUGCCUGACUGGGAGUUUGGUUCCAAAGCAGAGGCCAAAGACGUUACACUGGAAAGGAAGGAUAGCAAGGGUGAUCAUGACUUCCACCUCGGUCUGAAGAUGCCGUCCUUUGGGUUUAAGAAGAGCGCCAAGCCUCCGAAAUUUGACGGAAUCGACGGCCUUUUGGGCUAUCUUCUUCCGGAAAGAGACCUUCCCUCGCUACGCAUUCGAGACAACACUGAGGUGGACGUUGUGGACCUGCCCAAUGGCACGGGACGUGAUAUCACAGUCCGAACAUGCAUACCUGAUGAGAAACUCUCCCAGCAACCAGCAGAACUGAAGAUCAGCAAGAUCACCCUGCCAGAUGGCUCUGUCAAAAGCGAGCUCGCGCAGCAGUACGUCGGGAAUGCGCAACUUGUUCUUCCGAAGGUCUCAGGUGCGGUGAUCGACGAGGUCAAGCUUCCUAAUGGCGGCCUAAAAACCACCUAUAAGCCCAAACCUGGAUUCAAAUGGCCAAAAAUAUCUCUACCUGGUCUUCAAAUGCCGGAUUGGGAGUUCCGUUCAGGAGAAACUCCGAAAGAAAAGUCAUCCAGUCUCGAAAGGGGCUUGAAACUUCCGUCCUUCGGGUUCAAAAAGGGAGUCAAGACUCCCAAAUUCGAUGGGUUGGAUGGUCUUUUAGGCUAUCUUAUUCCCGAAACCGACCUACCAAAGCUGAGAAUCCGUGACAACACCGAGGUGGAUGUUAUUGACCUCCCGGCACUUAAAGGUAGAGAUGUUGUGGUGAAGACUGAGAUCCCAGACGUCGACCUACCGAAACUUUCUGCUGAUCUGAAGACGGAAAAGGUCACCCUUCCCACCGGCGAGAUCAAGAACAUCCUGAACCAGACCUUCAAAAGUGACGUUGAACUCCCGUUGCCAAAGUUAUCAGGAGCAGACAUCGACAGCAUGAAGCUUCCCGAUGGGUCAGUGAAAACAUCGUUCAAACCCAAGGCUGGGUUCAAGUGGCCUAAGAUCACGCUGCCGUCACUUCACAUGCCAGAUUGGCAGUUUGGUUCGUCAGAUCGCUCACCAAGCCCUGAGAGGAAAGAGAAAGGAGACAGUGACUUCCACUUUGGAAUGAAAAUGCCGUCGCUGGAGUUCGGCAAGGGAACAAAGACUCCGAAGCUGCACGGCAUCGAUGCACUUCUGGCGUACUUCCUGCCUGAAGCAGACAUUCCCAAGCUUCGCAUCCGUGACAACACAGAGGUUGACGUGCUGGACCUUCCCGGAGGAAAGGGCAGAGAGGUCGUACUGAGGACCGAAGUACCUGAUGCAGAUCUCCCGAAAGUGCCAGCUGGCAUUCAGGUUGACAAGGUCACACUUCCCAGUGGGAAGGUGGCCAACGUCCUGACGCAGAAAUUCAAGGCUGACGCCGCACUGCCGAUGCCAAAGGUUUCUGGAGCGGACACUGGCGAUGUGAAGCUCCCGGACGGUUCACUGAAGACGACGUUCAAGCCGAAGGCUGGCUUCAAAUGGCCAACUCUGAUGCUACCGACUUUGGAAAUGCCCGACUGGCAGUUCAGCUCUGGUGAGCGGUCGCCGAGCCCCGAGAGGAAGGAGAAAGGUGACAAAGAUUUCCACUUUGGCAUGAAAAUGCCGUCGUUUGGUUUCGGAAAGGGAGUGAAGACGCCGAAACUCGAUGGCAUUGAUAACCUGCUUGGCUAUCUGCUUCCGGAGGGUGACCUACCGAAGCUGAGAAUCCGUGACAACACCGAGGUGGAGGUCACUGACUUGCCCGAACUGAAAGGCAGAGAUGUUGUUGUGAAGACCGAGAUCCCUGAUGUCGAUCUUCCGAAGCUGUCUGCGGAUCUGAAGACAGAAAGGAUCACGCUUCCUGAUGGCGAGAUAAAGAACAUGUUGAAUCAGAAGUUCAGUGGCAGUGCCGAACUUCCACUACCGAAAGUGUCCGGAGCAGACAUUGACAGCGUUAAGCUUCCGGAUGGGUCAGUGAAGACAUCGUUCAAGCCGAAGGCUGGGUUCAAGUGGCCUAAGAUCACGCUGCCGUCACUCCACAUGCCAGAUUGGCAGUUUGGUUCGUCGGAUCGGUCACCAAGCCCUGAGAGGAAAGAGAAAGGAGACAGUGACUUCCACUUCGGUAUGAAAAUGCCGUCGCUGGAGUUCGGCAAGGGAACAAAGACUCCGAAGCUGCACGGCAUCGAUGCGCUUCUGGCGUACUUCCUGCCUGAAGCAGACAUUCCCAAGCUUCGCAUCCGUGACAACACAGAGGUUGACGUGCUGGACCUUUCGGGAGGAAAGGGCAGAGAGGUCGUACUGAGGACCGAAGUACCUGAUGCAGAUCUCCCGAAAGUGCCAGCUGGCAUUCAGGUUGACAAGGUCACACUUCCCAGUGGGAAGGUGGUCAACGUCCUGACGCAGAAAUUCAAGGCUGACGCCGCACUGCCGAUGCCAAAGGUUUCUGGAGCGGACACUGGCGAUGUGAAGCUCCCGGACGGUUCACUGAAGACGACGUUCAAGCCGAAGGCUGGCUUCAAAUGGCCAACUCUGAUGCUACCGACUUUGGAAAUGCCCGACUGGCAGUUCAGCUCUGGUGAGCGGUCGCCGAGCCCCGAGAGGAAAGGUGACAAAGAUUUCCACUUUGGCAUGAAAAUGCCGUCGUUUGGUUUCGGAAAGGGAGUGAAGACGCCGAAACUCGAUGGCAUUGAUAACCUGCUUGGCUAUCUGCUUCCGGAGGGUGACCUACCGAAGCUGAGAAUCCGUGACAACACCGAGGUGGAGGUCACUGACUUGCCCGAACUGAAAGGCAGAGAUGUUGUCGUGAAGACGGAGAUUCCUGAUGUCGAUCUUCCGAAGCUGUCUGCGAAUCUGAAGACAGAAAAGAUCACGCUUCCUGAUGGCGAGAUAAAGAACAUGUUGAAUCAGAAGUUCAGUGGCAGUGCCGAACUUCCACUACCGAAAGUGUCCGGAGCAGACAUUGACAGCGUUAAGCUUCCGGAUGGGUCAGUGAAGACAUCGUUCAAGCCGAAGGCUGGGUUCAAGUGGCCUAAGAUCACGCUGCCGUCACUCCACAUGCCAGAUUGGCAGUUUGGUUCGUCGGAUCGGUCACCAAGCCCUGAGAGGAAAGAGAAAGGAGACAGUGACUUCCACUUUGGUAUGAAAAUGCCGUCGCUGGAGUUCGGCAAGGGAACAAAGACUCCGAAGCUGCACGGCAUCGAUGCGCUUCUGGCGUACUUCCUGCCUGAAGCAGACAUUCCCAAGCUUCGCAUCCGUGACAACACAGAGGUUGACGUGCUGGACCUUCCGGGAGGAAAGGGCAGAGAGGUCGUACUGAGGACCGAAGUACCAGAUGCAGAUCUCCCGAAAGUGCCAGCUGGUAUUCAGGUUGACAAGGUCACACUUCCCAGUGGGAAGGUGGCCAACGUCCUGACGCAGAAAUUCAAGGCUGACGCCGCACUGCCGAUGCCAAAGGUUUCUGGAGCGGACACUGGCGAUGUGAAGCUCCCGGACGGUUCACUGAAGACGACGUUCAAGCCGAAGGCUGGCUUCAAAUGGCCAACUCUGAUGCUACCGACUUUGGAAAUGCCCGACUGGCAGUUCAGCUCUGGUGAGCGGUCGCCGAGCCCCGAGAGGAAGGAGAAAGGUGACAAAGAUUUCCACUUUGGCAUGAAAAUGCCGUCGUUUGGUUUCGGAAAGGGAGUGAAGACGCCGAAACUCGAUGGCAUUGAUAACCUGCUUGGCUAUCUGCUUCCGGAGGGUGACCUACCGAAGCUGAGAAUCCGUGACAACACCGAGGUGGAGGUCACUGACUUGCCCGAACUGAAAGGCAGAGAUGUUGUUGUGAAGACCGAGAUCCCUGAUGUCGAUCUUCCAAAGCUGUCUGCGAAUCUGAAGACAGAAAAGAUCACGCUUCCUGAUGGCGAGAUAAAGAACAUGUUGAAUCAGAAGUUCAGUGGCAGUGCCGAACUUCCACUACCGAAAGUGUCCGGAGCAGACAUUGACAGCGUUAAGCUUCCGGAUGGGUCAGUGAAGACAUCGUUCAAGCCGAAGGCUGGGUUCAAGUGGCCUAAGAUCACGCUGCCGUCACUCCACAUGCCAGAUUGGCAGUUUGGUUCGUCGGAUCGGUCACCAAGCCCUGAGAGGAAAGAGAAAGGAGACAGUGACUUCCACUUUGGAAUGAAAAUGCCGUCGCUGGAGUUCGGCAAGGGAACAAAGACUCCGAAGCUGCACGGCAUCGAUGCACUUCUGGCGUACUUCCUGCCUGAAGCAGACAUUCCCAAGCUUCGCAUCCGUGACAACACAGAGGUUGACGUGCUGGACCUUCCCGGAGGAAAGGGCAGAGAGGUCGUACUGAGGACCGAAGUACCUGAUGCAGAUCUCCCCAAAGUGCCAGCUGGCAUUCAGGUUGACAAGGUCACACUUCCCAGUGGGAAGGUGGUCAACGUCCUGACGCAGAAAUUCAAGGCUGACGCCGCACUGCCGAUGCCAAAGGUUUCUGGAGCGGACACUGGCGAUGUGAAGCUCCCGGACGGUUCACUGAAGACGACGUUCAAGCCGAAGGCUGGCUUCAAAUGGCCAACUCUGAUGCUACCGACUUUGGAAAUGCCCGACUGGCAGUUCAGCUCUGGUGAGCGGUCGCCGAGCCCCGAAAGGAAGGAGAAAGGUGACAAAGAUUUCCACUUUGGCAUGAAAAUGCCGUCGUUUGGUUUCGGAAAGGGAGUGAAGACGCCGAAACUCGAUGGCAUUGAUAACCUGCUUGGCUAUCUGCUUCCGGAGGGUGACCUACCGAAGCUGAGAAUCCGUGACAACACCGAGGUGGAGGUCACUGACUUGCCCGAACUGAAAGGCAGAGAUGUUGUCGUGAAGACGGAGAUUCCUGAUGUCGAUCUUCCGAAGCUGUCUGCGAAUCUGAAGACAGAAAAGAUCACGCUUCCUGAUGGCGAGAUAAAGAACAUGUUGAAUCAGAAGUUCAGUGGCAGUGCCGAACUUCCACUACCGAAAGUGUCCGGAGCAGACAUUGACAGCGUUAAGCUUCCGGAUGGGUCAGUGAAGACAUCGUUCAAGCCGAAGGCUGGGUUCAAGUGGCCUAAGAUCACGCUGCCGUCACUCCACAUGCCAGAUUGGCAGUUUGGUUCGUCGGAUCGGUCACCAAGCCCUGAGAGGAAAGAGAAAGGAGACAGUGACUUCCACUUUGGUAUGAAAAUGCCGUCGCUGGAGUUCGGCAAGGGAACAAAAACCCCGAAGCUGCACGGCAUCGAUGCGCUUCUGGCGUACUUCCUGCCUGAAGCAGACAUUCCCAAGCUUCGCAUCCGUGACAACACAGAGGUUGACGUGCUGGACCUUCCGGGAGGAAAGGGCAGAGAGGUCGUACUGAGGACCGAAGUACCUGAUGCAGAUCUCCCCAAAGUGCCAGCUGGCAUUCAGGUUGACAAGGUCACACUUCCCAGUGGGAAGGUGGCCAACGUCCUGACGCAGAAAUUCAAGGCUGACGCCGCACUGCCGAUGCCAAAGGUUUCUGGAGCGGACACUGGCGAUGUGAAGCUCCCGGACGGUUCACUGAAGACGACGUUCAAGCCGAAGGCUGGCUUCAAAUGGCCAACUCUGAUGCUACCGACUUUGGAAAUGCCCGACUGGCAGUUCAGCUCUGGUGAGCGGUCGCCGAGCCCCGAGAGGAAGGAGAAAGGUGACAAAGAUUUCCACUUUGGCAUGAAAAUGCCGUCGUUUGGUUUCGGAAAGGGAGUGAAGACGCCGAAACUCGAUGGCAUUGAUAACCUGCUUGGCUAUCUGCUUCCGGAGGGUGACCUACCGAAGCUGAGAAUCCGUGACAACACCGAGGUGGAGGUCACUGACUUGCCCGAACUGAAAGGCAGAGAUGUUGUUGUGAAGACCGAGAUCCCUGAUGUCGAUCUUCCGAAGCUGUCUGCGGAUCUGAAGACAGAAAAGAUCACGCUUCCUGAUGGCGAGAUAAAGAACAUGUUGAAUCAGAAGUUCAGUGGCAGUGCCGAACUUCCACUACCGAAAGUGUCCGGAGCAGACAUUGACAGCGUUAAGCUUCCGGAUGGGUCAGUGAAGACAUCGUUCAAGCCGAAGGCUGGGUUCAAGUGGCCUAAGAUCACGCUGCCGUCACUCCACAUGCCAGAUUGGCAGUUUGGUUCGUCGGAUCGGUCACCAAGCCCUGAGAGGAAAGAGAAAGGAGACAGUGACUUCCACUUUGGUAUGAAAAUGCCGUCGCUGGAGUUCGGCAAGGGAACAAAAACCCCGAAGCUGCACGGCAUCGAUGCGCUUCUGGCGUACUUCCUGCCUGAAGCAGACAUUCCCAAGCUUCGCAUCCGUGACAACACAGAGGUUGACGUGCUGGACCUUCCGGGAGGAAAGGGCAGAGAGGUCGUACUGAGGACCGAAGUACCUGAUGCAGAUCUCCCGAAAGUGCCAGCUGGCAUUCAGGUUGACAAGGUCACACUUCCCAGUGGGAAGGUGGCCAACGUCCUGACGCAGAAAUUCAAGGCUGACGCCGCACUGCCGAUGCCAAAGGUUUCUGGAGCGGACACUGGCGAUGUGAAGCUCCCGGACGGUUCACUGAAGACGACGUUCAAGCCGAAGGCUGGCUUCAAAUGGCCAACUCUUAUGCUACCGACUUUGGAAAUGCCCGACUGGCAGUUCAGCUCUGGUGAGCGGUCGCCGAGCCCCGAGAGGAAGGAGAAAGGUGACAAAGAUUUCCACUUUGGCAUGAAAAUGCCGUCGUUUGGUUUCGGAAAGGGAGUGAAGACGCCGAAACUCGAUGGCAUUGAUAACCUGCUUGGCUAUCUGCUUCCGGAGGGUGACCUACCGAAGCUGAGAAUCCGUGACAACACCGAGGUGGAGGUCACUGACUUGCCCGAACUGAAAGGCAGAGAUGUUGUUGUGAAGACCGAGAUCCCUGAUGUCGAUCUUCCAAAGCUGUCUGCGAAUCUGAAGACAGAAAAGAUCACGCUUCCUGAUGGCGAGAUAAAGAACAUGUUGAAUCAGAAGUUCAGUGGCAGUGCCGAACUUCCACUACCGAAAGUGUCCGGAGCAGACAUUGACAGCGUUAAGCUUCCGGAUGGGUCAGUGAAGACAUCGUUCAAGCCGAAGGCUGGGUUCAAGUGGCCUAAGAUCACGCUGCCGUCACUCCACAUGCCAGAUUGGCAGUUUGGUUCGUCGGAUCGGUCACCAAGCCCUGAGAGGAAAGAGAAAGGAGACAGUGACUUCCACUUUGGUAUGAAAAUGCCGUCGCUGGAGUUCGGCAAGGGAACAAAGACUCCGAAGCUGCACGGCAUCGAUGCGCUUCUGGCGUACUUCCUGCCUGAAGCAGACAUUCCCAAGCUUCGCAUCCGUGACAACACAGAGGUUGACGUGCUGGACCUUCCGGGAGGAAAGGGCAGAGAGGUCGUACUGAGGACCGAAGUACCAGAUGCAGAUCUCCCGAAAGUGCCAGCUGGCAUUCAGGUUGACAAGGUCACACUUCCCAGUGGGAAGGUGGCCAACGUCCUGACGCAGAAAUUCAAGGCUGACGCCGCACUGCCGAUGCCAAAGGUUUCUGGAGCGGACACUGGCGAUGUGAAGCUCCCGGACGGUUCACUGAAGACGACGUUCAAGCCGAAGGCUGGCUUCAAAUGGCCAACUCUUAUGCUACCGACUUUGGAAAUGCCCGACUGGCAGUUCAGCUCUGGUGAGCGGUCGCCGAGCCCCGAGAGGAAGGAGAAAGGUGACAAAGAUUUCCACUUUGGCAUGAAAAUGCCGUCGUUUGGUUUCGGAAAGGGAGUGAAGACGCCGAAACUCGAUGGCAUUGAUAACCUUCUUGGCUAUCUGCUUCCGGAGGGUGACCUACCGAAGCUGAGAAUCCGUGACAACACCGAGGUGGAGGUCAUUGACUUGCCUGAACUGAAAGGCAGAGACGUUGUCGUGAUGACCGAGAUCCCUGAUGUCGAUCUUCCAAAGCUGUCUGCGGAUCUGAAGACAGAAAAGAUCACGCUUCCUGAUGGCGAGAUAAAGAACAUGUUGAAUCAGAAGUUCAGUGGCAGUGCCGAACUUCCACUACCGAAAGUGUCCGGAGCAGACAUUGACAGCGUUAAGCUUCCGGAUGGGUCAGUGAAGACAUCGUUCAAGCCGAAGGCUGGGUUCAAGUGGCCCAAGAUCACGCUGCCUUCACUUCACAUGCCAGAUUGGCAUUUCGGUGGUGAUAGCGGAUCUUAUCGCCCUGAAGAGAUGCAAAGGGAGGCGUUUUUGUCUUCCAGGCCUGUCGUGGAUUCUGGCAUUGAUGGCAUCGGCGACUUGGUGAUGCGACUAAUACCUCGGAACCAGCUGUCUUCCUUGGUGUUUACGGAGACAUCAGAGGUUCACGUGGAAACUCCUCGUGCCGGAAGUGGAAGUCUCGUUGUAGUUUCGAAUGUCUCUGACUUGAACGUGACUGAUCUCCUUCCCAACGCUGAGAUCGACACUGUCAGCUUGCCCGAUGGUGGGGACGAACAAAGGCUGACGCAGCGUUUUGCUCUGGACCCAGGUGUCGAAAUUCCCGACGUCGUUGGCGUAGAUGUUGUUGAGUUUAAGCUGCCCAAUGGCACAAUUCGGAGAACUCUCAAGCCGCAGCGUGGGGUCAAAUGGCCAGAAGUCCACAUGCCUCUCGUCCGGUCCGCUGGACUGGAGGGCAAACUGCCAGAGGAGUUGGAAUAUUUGGAACGUGAUGAGAAGGAUUCUAGCUUCAAGUUUAAACUUCCGUCGUUUGGCUUGAAAAAGGGUGCAAAACCUCCGAAGGUCGAUGGAGUGGACGGUUUGCUGGAGUACCUUCUGCCCAGGGAGGAUCUUCCGAAGCUGCGGGUCAGAGAUAACUCCGAGGUUGACGUUAUCGACAUUCCCGGUGCCGAGGCGCGUGAAGUGGAGGUCCGCACUGUCAUUCCCGAGGCGGAUUUGCCGAAGAUUCCCUCCGACAGCAACGUCGUCAGGGUGAACAUGCCUGAUGGCAGUGUGAGGCAUACCCUUUGCCAAAACUUCCCAGGAAACUCAGAUCUUCCUCUGCCAAGGGUGAGUGGAGCUGACAUCUCGGAAGUAACACUUCCCAACGGCAACAUUAAGGCUACUUACAAACCCAAGCCGGGCUUCAAAUGGCCCAAGAUUUCGCUGCCAAGCUUCCAGCUACCCGACUGGGACUUUGGAUCUGGAGACCGUUCGCCUAGUCCCGAACGCAAGGUUUCCAAAUCCACUUCAAAGAAGUCGCACGUUGCUUUCAAAAAGCCCAAGUUCGACGGCAUCUCCGACCUUUUCCUGAGCAUUGUACCCAAGAGCAAGUUACCAUCUAUUCAGUUUAGGGAUAACUCAACGAUAGAUGUCGAGGAUCUGCCGUCCGGUAAGCGCCAGCUGGUUAUCACCACAGAAAUACCAGAGGCUGAAAUUGCAUCGCUUCCACCUGAUGCUAAAGUUGAAGUUGACAAGCUACCCUCCGGAAAAACGCGCAAGGUAUGGCGUCAAUACUUUGAUGUGGAUCCAGACUUCCAACUCCCGGAGAUCGAUGGAACAGAAGUGGAAGAAGUCGCCUUACCGGAUGGCACAUCGAGGACAACGUACAAGCCUACCGGUGGAUUCAAGUGGCCGGAGUUCCAGAUGCCUAAGUUCCAUUUGCCUGGCUGGGAGUUCAAGAAAAAGAGCUCUGAAACGUCCACCGUUCCAAAGCCCAAGCCGCUUCCACAGGCGUCCAAGAAGCCGAUGAAAAAGCCACCCAAUUUCCUGAACAUCGACGGCGUCUUAGAAUACCUAGUGCCGGACGACAAACUCUCCAAGCUACGGAUCCGAGACACCACGGAGGUGGAGGUGAUCGAUUUGCCGCGAAUGAAGGUGCGUGAUGUCAUCGUGCGAACUGAAGUACAGCGCUCAGAUGUGUCGAAACUGCCAAGCGACGUGCCUGUGCUUGAUAUCACCCGUCCCUCGGGCCGCUGCGCCCAAGUGAUCGAACAGCAUGUGAAGGCGGACGCGGACCUUGUGCUGCCAACCUGCUCCAGCAGCAACACCACCGAUGCGGCGCAGUCGGACGGCUCGGUGAAGACCAUAUACCAGCCCCGCAAGGGCACCAAGUGGCCCAAACUGAAGCUGCCGGCUCUGCAGGUACCCGACUGGGAGUUCCGCUCGUCAAAGGUGCGCUCGCGCUCGCCAAGCCCGGCCAGCGACGACGAAGGUCGUUUCUCUUUCUCGGGUCUGUUUUCCCGGUUCCUGCCGAGCUUCAGCAAGGACAAGGCGGAGAUUGAGGUCGAGGAUCAUCCAGAACAUGGUCAGCAGUUUGUCGUGAAGACGGAGGUGCCGGACGAUGAGCUUGCGAACGUUCCUGAGGGCGCACAGAUUGAGGUGGAGGCGCUGCCGGACGGCCGACAAAGACGUGUCUGGCGGCAGCCAGUCAACACCGAAAUCCGUCUCGACUCGCCCGAGAUCGAGCUCACAGAGGAGGUGAUGCCGGACGGCCGCGUCCGUAAGACGGUGAAGCCGAAGGCUGGCUUCGAGUGGCCGUCGUUCUCGUUCGGCUUCGGUGGCAAGAAGAAGGAGGAGCCGGAGGCGCCUGCCAGCGUUCUGUCGGAGAUGAUCGCCGAAUCGGACCUGCCUAAGGUCAAGUUCAUGGAUGGAUCGGAGAUUGAGAUGGUCGAGCUGCCAGACGGCAAACGCCAGGCCGUAAUUACCACCGAGAUCAAUGAAUCAAACAUCGACCAGCUUCCGGCCGGCGCCAAGGUCCAAGAAGAGACAAUGCCCGAUGGUCGGAAGCGCAGGGUUUGGUACCAGUACUUUGACGUGGAAGAAACGUACAUCAUGCCAAGAUUCCAGACGGUUGAGAUUAUCGAAAUCGUCUUACCAGAUGGUAGUAAGAAGAGAAAGCUGAAGCCGAAGACUGGUGUCCAGUGGUCCGGUAUUCCCAAAAUGAUCACGCGUAAAUCAAGCGAGCAGAAGCUUGCCGCCGAGAAAGCGCCAAAGGUCUCCAAAAUACCUAUCCGAGAAGGCAAGUCUCCGAAACCUGAACCCUCGAAACGGAAGCCCAGCAAGUCCAAGGACGAUGAAACGUCCGGCAAGCCGGGUGCCGCGAUGACCAGCUUUAUGUUGUCUAUGGUGCAUCCGGACGGCUUGGAGAUGGUGCGUGACAGUGUCGUCGCGAAAGAUAGGCCGGACGUCUCUCUGGACAUUCAGGCCGGCAAGCACGCCGCGGCCGACCGUGGUCCCGAGUCGCCCUCUAAGAAGGCGCGAGCCGACAUCUCGUCGGCCUUGGCGGAGGCGGCACCCGACAAAAUGGGCCGCGAUAAGGAGUCGCCCACCAAGAUCCCAAAGAUGGUGUCAAAGACCCCGUCGACCGAGCCUCCUAUCAGAGUAAGGCCAGCCUCUAAGAAGUCGAAAAGUUCGCCGCCCCCCGAGUCGGGACCCGACAUUUCUAAGAUUUUGUCGACAUCAGACAUAGAUCAGCUGUUGGCGCCGCUAGAAGACAUUCCUAGUGAUCCUAGCCAGGUGGAAACCGACCAAGACGCCGCCAAAAAGUCAAAGAUUCCCAAGAAGAAGCCGACAGUUCCACCGCGAGGCGCGCCCAAGCCGGCCCCGCGAACGCCAGCCGUCGUCGCCUAAAGCGCUGGAUAUCCCGCCUGCGGGCGACAUCCACUUGCACCAGGUGGUAGAGCGCACCGUCUGCGAGUCUGACGACGAUCUGGACGAACCUGAACCGUUCUCGGUUCCGGCUGGAGCCGAUGUGGAGAUCCAGGAGCAGCCGGACGGCAGCGUGCGCCGCAUCUACAAACGGACGGUGGUGUCGUCGGCUGUUGACGUGCC